AUGCCUAUGUUUGGUACGAUUGUUCUCGUUACCUACGCUAUCGCCUACGAGACUUCUCUUACCCUUGAAGUAGGUAUUUACACCAGCGCCCAAAACCUAUACACGGCAACGUCACCUUCAGGCGUCCAAAAGACACAGUCCAGUCAGCUGCCUCGAAAGCGAAACCGAAGCAGCUCGAUAACCCGUUCCUCCAAGAGGUUGGCCACUGAAGGACUGGGUAAAGAAAUAGAAACCAGGGAGUCGGCUACGCUAUCAGUCGCAACCUACAGCGAUUCCGUCACAAAGCCCCCACCGUUGUCCUCUACGGCGCCGUGGUCGCUGCUUUUACGAAACCUAACGUUCUGA